CUUGUGUGUGCCUCAGAUUUUAUGAUAUGGAUAAUUAAGUUAGCUUUUUAAACUCUCCUCAACUUUCCAUCCACAGGAGCAUGCAACAAUAAUUUUUAUUUCUUGAAAAGAGCUCAUUAGAGCCUAGAUUAACUAAUUAUUUUUGAGCAUGAAAAUUUAGGACUAUCUUUUGUGAUGUUUUAUAGAACAUUAGUCCCCUAAAAUGUUCAGGGGAAAAUUGUUUCCAUCUGCAGUCAUUUUAUGUAGGGGAUCCCUGCACUGUGUCCUUUAGAAAAAGAGGAAAGAACAGAUUCGUCCAAAAUGGAAGCCAAGUUCAAAGAAAAUGAGGAGUCUGAGAGGAAACCACAUUUCAGUCACAUAUUGAUUGUAUCAAUGGAUUAUCGGGAAGAGAGGGACUCCAACCCAGAGGAUUUCACUAUACUAGUGAGAAGUUCCUCCGGAAGCAUUUCUGAAGGGGACCCAGCUUGUUCCAGUUUUGGCAGCCUUCUGAAUAUAGGGCUAUGUUUGAAGUAAACAUGAAAGAAAGAGAUGGUGGGAGUGUUACCAUUACCAAUUUGUCCGCCGAAGCAGUAAAAGCCUUUCUUGAUUAUGCCUAUACUGGAAAAACAAAGAUAACAGAUGAUAAUGUGGAAAUGUUCUUCCAGGUGUCAUCGUUUCUUCAAGUUCCCUUCCUAUCCAAAGCCUGCAGUGACUUCUUAAUAAAAAGUAUUAAUAUUGUCAAUUGUUUACAGUUAUUAUCUAUAUCAGAUAGCUAUGGCUCUCCCCGUUUGUUUGAUCAUGCAUUAUACUUUGUACAACAUCACUUUUCCUUGUUAUUUAAAUCCAAUGAUUUCUUAGAGAUGAAUUUUGGAGUAGUGCAGAAAUGUCUGGAAUCAGAUGAAUUAGAUGUUCCUGAAGAAGAAACUGUCCUGAAAGUUGUCUUGAAUUGGACUAAAUAUAACUUAGAAGCAAGGCAAAAGCAUCUGCCUUAUUUGAUUAAAAAAGUAAGAUUACAUCAAUUACCUGAGGAGACACUUCAAGACUGUCUGCUCAGUGAAGAGUGUUUACUCAAAAACACCAACUGUUUUGACAUAGUCAUGGAUGCAAUUAAGUGUGUGCAAGGUUCUGGUGGACUUUUCCCUGAUGCGCGACCAUCCACAACUGAAAAAUACAUCUUUGUUCACAAAACUGAGGAAAAUGGCGAAAAUCAACAUACAUUUUGCUAUAAUAUCAAAACUGAUUCGUGGAAAAUACUGCCACAAUCACACCUGAUUGAUUUGCCCGGAUCUAGUCUGGCAAGUUACGGAGAAAAAAUAUUCUUGACAGGUGGUUGCAAGGGGCCGUGUUGUCGAACAGUUCGGCUUCAUAUUGCAGAGUCAUACCAUGACGCCACUGAUCAAACCUGGUGCUAUUGUCCAAUCAAAAAUGAUUUCUGCCCAGUAUCAACCAUGAAAACACCCAGAACCAUGCAUACAUCGGUUAUGGCUCUUAAUAGAUUGUUUGUCGUAGGUGGAAAGACGACGGGAUCUCAGGACAUUAAAAGUCUCCUAGACGUUGAAUCUUACAACCCUCUUUCCAAAGAAUGGAUGUCUGUUAGCCCGUUACCCAGGGGCAUCUACUACCCCGAAGCAAGUGCAUGCCAAAAUGUAAUUUAUGUGCUUGGAUCAGAGGUAGAGAUUACAGAUGCCUUUAACCCAUCGCUCGAUUGCUUUUUUAGAUACAACGCUACAACUGAUCAGUGGUCUGAGUUAGUAGCAGAGUUCGGGCAGUUUUUCCAUGCCACACUAAUCAAAGCUGUCCCGGUAAACUGCACGCUGUAUAUAUGUGACCUUUCCACCUACAAGGUUUAUAGUUUUUGUCCCGAUACUUGUGUCUGGAAGGGUGAGGGAUCUUUUGAAUGUGCAGGCUUUAAUGCAGGUGCUGUUGGAAUUGAGGAUAAAAUUUACAUAUUAGGCGGUGACUACGCACCCGAUGAAAUCACAGAUGAGGUGCAGGUCUACCACAGCAGCAGGUCCGAGUGGGAGGAAGUGUCACCGAUGCCAAGAGCCUUAACUGAGUUUUACUGCCAGGUGAUUCGGUUUAACAAAUACCGGGACCCCUGGUUUUCUAACCAUUUCUAAAAGCAGUGUGUGCUUAGACAUUGUAAAACUCUUCCGGUUCUAGAAACCUAGGGGAGGUUUGUUAAAUAACAGUCAGUAAAAAAGGUCUGUACAUCUUAAAUUAAAAUUUACCUUCUAUUAGAGAAUUACUAUGAAUGUACACUGUGUAAGAAUUAGCAGUUCCCAGAAACUUAAAAUAUAAAAUGCAUUUUACCAAAAAUUAUACUGAAUAUAAUUUAAUCUUGGAGAAUCCAGAA